AACACUGGCCUCGUCAUGUGUUUUACAGUUAACCUCAACCCACGCAGAACGUUUUAUGAGAACAAGAACAUUUAGGAGCAGAUGAUUAACCGGAGGUAUUCAAUUUGUUACUGUCCGCUUUUUUGAAUGUCAACAAGUGCGUCUGAAAACCGAAGCAGUCAUUUCCAAGCGAGCUAGCUGUGUAAGCUAAGUCUCAAGCUGUGUAGCAGUCGCCUGCCUUCGGUGGCUUGCUAGCUGGUAGCGAGCGACUCCCUGGCUGCCUCUCUGCUUUUCUGGAUAACAACACUGAAAACGAAAACUAGAGUCCAAGGAUGGUGCAGCCCCAACCUGAUGGUCCACUGCAGUGGGACAUGUCAGGAGACGAUAGUGGGGGGGCUCUCAGGGUCCCACCAGAGCUGGCAGCCAAUGAAGUGGUCACCAGGUUGCUUGGAGACAACCAGCAGCUUCGAGAGGCCUUGAGGCGGAGCAACCUAGCCUUGCGUCAGCGCUGUGAAGAGAUGGAGGGAUGGCAGCGAAAGACGAGGGAGGAUAGGGAGUUCCUCAGUUGUCGUUUCCAAGAAGCCAGGGCCCUGGUGGAGAGGUUAGCCCAAGAGAACCACUCUUUACAAGGGCUGGUGAAUGGACCAGCCUCCUCAUCUAACCACUGCUGUAACGCCAGCCAGACUGAAGGGCCUUUUCCAACAAAGAAUGGCCCUCUAGAUGCACCACAGAUUCUGGAUCAGCAGGGAAAGAAAACAGUAGAGGAAGCAGAUCAACACACACAGACAACUCCCCCUCGCAGCUUGGGUGAUGCAAGUGUAUGUAGCGCCAUGAGUAGUGCCCUCCCAACCCCCCCUAGCUCCCUUACAGAGGUAUCUGGGGGGUCAAUGGGCUGGGAAAAUGGCCAGCCCGUCGAGGGUGCAAGCGACUUCCUGCAAGUGAACAGCCACAAAGAAAAGCUGGAGGAAGGCAUGCGAGAUCUGAAAAAGAAAAAUGAAGAGCUGUGCCGGCAGAGGGAUGAGGGAGAAAAGGAGAGAGAGCGAAUGCGUCGCUGUAUUGAUCAGCUGGCGGCCAAAGUGGCCCAGGUCCAGGCAAACAGUGCUACUGAGGAGGGUGGUCAACAUCGAACUGAAGCCCAGCACUCCUCUGACUGUUCUAGCCUCGCUAAACUCACAGAGCAGCUUCAGGCCACACAGGGCAGGUAUCGUGAGCUAGAGGGGAAGCUUGACUACCUGCAGAAGAGUUCUGCUCAGCGUGACAGAACCGAGGCUCUACUCAAACAAAAGGACAAGGACUGUGAGGCUCUCAAAGCUCAGGCAACAUCUCUCUUAGCAGAACUGAAUGAGAGGCAGAGCUGCCUGGCCAAAAGCGAGCAAGAACGUAAAAUGCUGGAGGACAAAUUGUGUAGUAAGGUGAAAGCCCUGCAGGUGGCAGAGCAAGAACUGGAGCAGCAGAGGAAUCAGCAUCAUGUGAACAUGGACAGGCUUAUGUUGCAGAUUCAGAGUUUGGACCAAGCCCUUAAGACAGAGAGACAUGUUGUCACUGUGGAAAAGAAAAAACUGACACAGCUUCAGCAUGCCUAUACGUGCCUCUUUAGAGACUAUGAUUCUAUACUCAAGAGUGAGGGAGGAGAUGUGCGCAGACAACUGGAGGAGGCAGAGCGCGCACUGGCCCUAAAGCAGGACCUGAUUGACAAACUAAAGGAGGAGGUAGAGCAACAAAAAGGCUCACUAGAGACGGUUCCUGUCCUCACUGCACAGGCUGAGAUCUAUAAGGCAGACUUCCUUGCAGAACGAGAAGCAAGGGAAAAACUAAACCAGAAGAAAGAAGAGCUGCAGGAUCAGCUGACUCAAGCUCUGGCUGAUAUUGAUAGACACAAACAGGAAGCCACAUCCCGGGCACGUAUGGAGCAGAUGAAGCUGAGACAUCAAGAGGACCUUCCAGUCCGGGUUCCACACAUUCCACCUCCACAAGGUGGAUUUUCUGCCGGAGCUUUCAACACGGCACCCCCUCCAUCCAUGUACCGCAAUCCUGGAUUGGUGCCGACUGGUGAUCAAGGUGCAGCAGGAGUUGAGGAUCUGCCAGAUUUAUGUUGUCCAAAGUGCCAGUAUCAGGCUCCAGAUAUGGACACACUGCAAAUUCAUGUUAUGGACUGUAUACAGUAACAGAUUCAGGUUUCAUCUUACCUUCAACCACCAUAAUCAUACAUCGACCAGCCAUACCAUUAUAAUCACAGAUAAGUGAAUUGAAUAACCCUGUAAUCUUGUUACUAUAGCACCUGUCACUGGUUGAGAUUUUAGACUUUUGUUGCCAUUCUGCCCUCAAAAGUUGAUUUGAUUGAAUCAGGCUAGUCCCGACCAUACGUGAUCUGAGGAACGAUAUCCAGUGACCCGACAACAGGAUAAGAAGUGUGAAGUGUAAAUGACAGACUUUGCGCUCUACAAAUAUACUUUUUUUCCCCCACAGAAAGGUACUAAAGCACAAACUUCUUUCUUUUAUAAAUUACAUGUGCUGUUCGGCUGCUUAGCCACGCAGUAUAGGUGCUCACUACACCUUUUCAUGCCAGAACAGUUUUGCUGUGCAACCAGAGUUUGAUAUACGCCCUCUAUUAUUUGUAUUAACAGGAUGGGGGGUAGUAAGCCUGGCAGUUCUACCGGUGUGUGUGUCAUAGCCACGCAGUGCCAGUCACCCUUGUAAAGAAUUGGACUGCAGAAAGAUAAGUUCCAGCUGUUGAGUUGGCCUACAACGUCCAUACACUUCAAUCCAAUGUUGGUCCUUUCAAAUGGACUGAACAGUCAGCUCCAACCUGACCUCACACACACUUAACUGAUCUGAUUUGAAUGGUUUGCUGUCAUAACACCCCAUCAGAGGUUUUGAGUCCAUGUCAGAGCUGUUUUAGCUCCCAUACAGUAUUAAGAUGUAUUUUAUAGUGAUAUGGCUGAUCAGUGUAGACAUGGGGUCUUUUUCCAGCUUGGUAUGUAGCUGGGGUAAACAUUUUUGUAGCUGCACCUUACUUGCACUUAAUGCACCACAUUAAAUCAAGUUAACCCAAAAGGGAUGCUUUAAAUGACUACGAUGGAAUCAAGACGUGCCAAAAAAAGGACUGUUCUUAUGAAUGAAAGAAAUUAAGACAGCAUUGUAUUCCUUUUGAUCUGGUCCACCCAUUCACUUUCUGCUGUAGCUUUUCUAUUCUUCAGUUCUGUCCUUUUUCCUGCUUUUCACAAGUUUCACCUACUUUUCAUAUAUAAUUCUUUGCCUGAGACAUGACAAACAAGAUGUGCAGUUUAACAGGGUUUGUACACAGUCCCUCGUGUCUUUUUCUUUUUUUUCCCCCCUCUUCACACUGCGGAGAUAGUGGUAUUUUAAGGAAGGAUUGGCUGAUGUGUGGAAUUUAAUGUAUUCUUUAAUUGUGUCAUCCACUGUUAUUUAACAAUAGUUAAUCUUUAGACCUGAUAAGAUAUCUUCGAAACAAAAAAGUCAAAUAAUUUGUCUGAUCUCCCUAAGGGUAAACAUGAGCGAAUAACCUAGUGAGCUUGAAAUUAAAGUGUAUAUUCAAAUAUGGUAUGUUUUGGUCAUAAAUGUUGCAAGUCUGCAUUACCUCAAAACAUAUCUGUACUAGAGAUGGUUUAACUCAUUGAACAAAGUAGCUAUUCUCUAUUGUACUGUGUCUGUGUAUACUGUUAACUGCAUCACUGCUAUGUCACUGAUGACCUUGAUUGUGGAUUCUUCCCUGUAGCUAUCAAUUAUCUGAAUGUAAGAGCAUUGAGGUUAACGUUUUUGUGAUUAUUGUCUGUAAUGAUGGAUGCGCACUGUUGAUGUUAAAGAAAAUCCUUUCAAUGCGUUGACAAGUUCCAAAAUAAACCUAAUGUUUAUUG